UUGAGGUCUUUAACGGAAUAUCAACAUUUCUCUCUGAAGGGGAAAAUAAAUUGUCGAAAUCCUAACAUGAAGCGCCAUAACGGACAUCACGGGCUUAUUGAUUCUAUCUAUCUGAUUUAGAAUUCAUGGUUAUGACUCAAUUAUUCUUGUUGCUUGACUGAUGCAUGCACAAUGGCCGAGGUGCAUCAACAGAGUUUUAUCAAGAAGCUUCAUUUUAGCAUUUCAAAUGGCAUGCCUCACGCAGAACCAGUCUCUAGCUUUAAGGCGGAUGAAAAGGAACUGGUACAUGGCGUUUUACAGAUGCUGCAAGGUUUCUGCAGCUAUUUAUUUUCUUGGGAUAUGGGUGGGCAAAUAUUUCUGUUGAAGAGUGGGAUUUUUUCUUGUCAUCUAUCCCAGACUAGUCUUCACAGCAUUUUAAACAAGUUUAUCUUCUGUGGAACAUGCUUAAAGAAGGUGGAACUCUUUGUUAAGAAUGUAAAAGCUUCUCGUCAAAGAGCUCCUACCCUUCAGGCUUUUGCUCAUUCCGUCCAUUCAUGGCUCAAGAGAUUGCGGGAUCUUGCUUUGAAAGAGGAAAUAAGGUCAACUUCUAUAGAUUGCCAAAUAACAGUUACACUCCUUCAGCUGACCAAUUCCUUAUCAAGUAUGUGCUCUGGGGCAGAGCAUCUUGCUCAAGUGGUGCAUGGAUCCAUACCGAGUGCUUAUGUAAAUUCUGAAAUUGUAAUCCCUGCUAAUAAGAUGGCUGUUAGUAUUCUGAAUUUUCUGUUCAAGAAAAUGAGUGAAGUCUAUCUUGUACAAGGUGGUGAGGAAGAAGCAUAUCAUAUGUUGCUUUCCAUCAUGGGAGAAACUUUGCUUCCAUAUCUUGAGGUGCUGGACUCAUGGUUGUAUGAGGGAUUACUUGAUGAUCCUUGUGAGGAGGUUUUCUUUUAUGCCAAUAAUGCAAUUAGUGUUGAUCAGCCAACAUAUUGGGAGACCAGUUAUCUUUUUCGGCUGUCCAGGUCUAUGAGCUCUAAAUCCAAUGAUACUCUGGUUGACGGGGAUAUUGAUUCUACUAGGCCACAAGUUAGGGGAGAAACAGGAGGUCAGGAAUCUGCUCCCUUGUUUAGUUCUGUAGGAGGGAGUGAUCAAAGCAAUAUUAACUGCCCUAUGUUCCUGAAGGAACUGGCAAGACCCAUUGUAUCUGCUGGGAAAUCUUUGCAGUUGGUUCAACAUGUUCGAGGCGACUACAUUUCUUUGUCCGAUAAGGGGCGUGGCAGAAAGCUCGACUUUCCAUUAUCAAAUGAGUCUGAUGGUCAGUUUAACAGGCAGAAGUUUCAGCAGGAGGCUUGGCCAAAUACUUUGAAAAAACAUGGAUGUGCAGAAAGUUGCAAUUAUGCUCGCCUAAUGGGAGUUUUGACCUUACCUGAAGUCUUCCUGUUAUCAUUGGCAGGCUUAAUAGGUGAUCGGGAUCACAUUUAUCAGAAACUAACAAUAUCCUUCCCUGAGAUAGUUGAGAUCAUUAACAAAGAGAAGAUACUGAAAGGAGUUACAGAAGAUGGACAAGCAUCAUUAAGCCAUGAGAAGAUAUGGAUCAAAUUCUUGGCUGAUGUAAUAAAAGAGAGAAGAGAUGUAGAAGGUGGAAAAGGUGAUUCUUGCCAUAGUGGAAUUACACAAGUUCAUGGUUCAAUGAAAGUGAAACCUAAAUAUAAUUCAGACUAUCAUAGCACCAAUUCCAAAGAUAGUGACAUUUUGGCAAGUACCUUUAUCAGCUCUCUGCACCCUCAUAAGCCAAUCAUGACCGUAUCCAGACAGUUUAUUGAAAAGCACAGAGCCUUGUGGAGUAAUCUUAACAUAUCUAAGUACAUUCACCUUCCUCCUCUGAACGAUGAAAGCUUGCGAAAGGCUAUUUAUGCUGAAAGGUUUAACAGCGCAGAGGCAAGUGGCAAUAUCCAAAGUGGAGGUUCUCUCCCAAGUUUUUCUGGAACAGACUACAGUUUUGGUUUUCAUCAUAAUGAAGUUAAACUGCUUCACGCAGAAGAUGAUAUUAGGAAUUUGGAAUAUUUGUAUUCCUUCCCAACUCUUCUUCCUUCUUUUCAGGAAAGUGUCCCAGUGUCAGAUCUUCUUCCUUUCCAGAAGAACAGCACAGUUUCCCAAAGAAUUCUUAGUUGGAUGCAAGAUGUAAAUUUGAAUGCUGCACCCCAACCUGAUAUCAUCAUAAAGGAAUGUCUUGCUGUAUAUAUUAAAAAGCAGGUGACCUGCUGCAGAGGUUCCUUACUGUAGUUUUUGACAAGAUAGAUAAGGGAGAAUCAUGGGACGAUGAUUUCGAGUUGAAUACUAUUCUACAGGAAUCCAUCAGAAAUUCGGCUGAUAAUACCCUUCUGAGUG